UCACAAAAAGACCACGCUCACGCACGAGUGGGCCAUGCAACCAAUUUUCAGUUUCCAUUCUGAGUUUGACACUCCCAUCUCUAGAAAAGGUUAAUAAAGCUUGCACCACCUUCCUCCUCAAACAGAUCCUGAAACAUUUAUCAAACAGACGUCCUAGAUAAGGUAUGGAUCCGGACAGAACUUUGAGAGCAAAACUUCUCCAGUUGGAAUGCCACUUCACCUGGGCUCUGAACAGAGAUGAUAUAGAUCUAAAUGAUGUUCUCAAUAGACUGCAAGAACAGAUUAAGCUGUACUUCGGAAAGAAAGAAGGCCUUGCCAAAACUUACAGUCCUUUGGCCUAUGUCCAGUUCCUUCUGGGGUUUCACGAGGAGGCACAUAAUAAUCUCAUGACAUCCGUGAAGCUACUCAUGGAAUGCCACCAGGAUGAAUUUCAUAAAACUCUCAUUGUCACUUAUGGAAACCUCGCCUGGAUAAACUACCACAAGAAGAACUACAAAGAAUGUGAAAGUUACCUGAAGAAGCUUCAGAAGAUAAAUGAAACCUUACUCACUGAGUGGUCAUCUGUUCCAGAGGUGCUUGGUGAAAAGGGAUGGACUUUUCUUAAAUUCUCACAAAAAUAUUACAACAGAGCCAAAGAAUGUUUCAGGAAGGCUUUAGAAAUUGAACCAGAGGAAGGCGAAUGGAAUGCUGGUUAUGCAAUUGCUCUGUAUCGCACCGAAUUCGAGAAUUCCAGUUUGGAUAAUUCGCCUACAAUAAAGCAGCUGAAACGAGCCAUUGCCACGAAUCCAGAGGAUGAUGUUCUCAAAGUCCUCUUAAGCAUGCGGCUGAUUGUUUACAAAAAGUACCAAGAGGCUGAGAGUUUGGUAGAGAAGGCUUUAGAAGGAUCUCCAGAUCACCCACAUGUCAUGCGAUAUGUUGCAAAAUUCUUCAGGAAUCAAGGAAGUGUGGACAGGUCAAUUCCUCUUUUGAAGCGAGCACUGGAAAACUCACCCGAUUCGAGUUUCAUACAUCAUCAGUUAGCUCUUUGCUAUAAGUUUAAGAAAAUCCAACUGUUGCAGGAGCAAAGUAACCAUGCCAAAGGGGCAAAAGUUCAACAGAUUCGCGAUCAAUGCAUCUAUCAUUUAGAAAAGGCCACCAGCCUGACAGCCUCCUUCAUUUCUGCAAUGAGCGAUCUAGCGCUGCUGUAUGGAGAGAACCGGGAUAUGUCACGGGCUGAGGAGCUGUUUCAGCUCGCUUUUAAAGCAGCCAGAGAGAAAAACGACAAUCUACAUGUUGUCAAUUUGUGUUAUGCUGAAUUCCAGCUUUACUGCCACAGAUGUGAGUCGUCAGCUAUCAAAUACUUCAUGGAAUGUCUAAAGAUUAAACCGAAUUUACUCACAGGGAAGAAAAGUGCCAACAUUUUAAAGAAGAUCGCUGAUAAACGAAUUCAGAGAAACUCAAAUGAUGUGGAGGCUUAUGGGAUACUAGGGUUCCUUCAUAAGGUAAAUGGGGAGAAAGAUCAAGCCAUUGAGUGCUAUGAGAAAGCUCUGAGUUAUGAAGACAAUGAUGAGUUCCUCAGUAACCUUAGUGAACUCAGGAUGUCCUCACAGUAAAGUCAUCACAUAUUAAAUACUUAUCAGAUGUACAUAAUGUAAUAUGCAUUUGAUUGUGCUUCAUGUACUGACACUUUAUGGCUAUUUAUUCUAUUAAUGUAUAAUGAAGAUCAUGGGCCCUAUUUUAACGAUCUGAAACGCAAGUGUCAAAGCGCGAAGCGCAAGUAAGUUUGUGGGCGGGUCUCGGCGCUGUUGCUAUUUUCCCGGCGGGAUAAAUGGCUCUUGCGC